AACCACGGCUGUUUUUAAAUUUGCCAUCAUGGAAAAUCUUUGAGCUAAUUUUUCUUUAAUUUAACAGACUUUUUAGUCUCAUUUUGUCUAUUCAAAGUUUAUUUCUUUAUAUGUAGUAAUAAUAUCGACAUAUUAAAGUUGUAGUAUUAAAACGGAGGGUAGUACUAAGCCGAAAAUACUAAAUAUUUUGCGGUUGAAAAAUGAAUACGAACAAAGUAAUUCAAACUGUUAUUUCUACAGUGCUUCUGACGUCAGUGGUAUUAAACAUGACUGCUUGUUAUAUUAUUUUAGUUAAAGUUAAAAGAAAAGAGAUAACGCAUUUAUUUGUCGUCAGCAUUUCUAUCACGAAUUUGUUAGAAACGACAAUUGGGUUAACACCUCAAUUAGCAAUGGCCGAUGAGUCUUUAUUGGAAAGUACUCCGUUAUGCAUUGUAGGCGGUUUUGCAGUUCUAGGUUUUGCAAUAACCAACAUUACUCAUUUGACAAUGCUUUCUUUUAUCAGAACUGUUGCUAUAAAAUACCCGAGGCGUUAUUUUCAGUAUCACAAAAUGUUUUGGUGCAAAGUAACAUUAAUUUUAGUAUGUUAUGCGUAUGGGUUUUUUUGGGCAACACUUCCUAUAAUUGGUUGGUCAAAGUAUGAGCUAGAUCUUGAUAAGAAACGUUGUUCGUUAGAUUGGAAAUUAACAAAAGCAAAUUCUUUUUCUUAUAUUUUAGCUAUUUUUAUUUGCUGCAACAUUUUACCUGGAAUAGUCAUCGCGUUAACGUUGUAUUAUAGCGCAAAAGAAAUUCGUCACCGAAAAGCUUGUAAAUUUCCUCAAAACAAAAAAACUGAUCAUUUAGAAAAAGAAUAUUUUCAAGUUUGUUUAUUAUCAGCAUUUGCAUAUUUUUUCUUUUGGACAUCAUACGCCAUUGUUGGCGUUUUAACAUUGCUGAAAUUUAAUAUACCAAUGCAUUUGGCAACAACCACCGCGAUGUUUUCAAAACUUUCGACUAUUUCAAACGUUCUUGUUAAUUGUUACGCAAUUAAAUCCUUUCAAAAGCAACUGCUAAACUUAAAGAUAGUUCAAAUUAUGAAAUCAUAUCUUCGGGUAUUGAUUGUUUGCAAAAAAGUAUAAAAUAAAUACCAUACUACUAAUUUAUAUUUAUAAAAAUAAAAAAAAAGAAGAAAAUAACGGCGAAUUUUAAUAAACUUAAACCUUGAAAAUACUUUGACACAUUACGAUGCUUUAUUUAAUAGUUUUUUAAAAAAUGACUUAAGUAAAGUUUGACUUGCUCUAGCUUAUUAAUCUCCUUUUAUCGUUUUAAUGAAUGUGAUAACUAUUGCAAGAAUUUUAACUGUUUAAAAACUGUUGAUAUUGCAAUAUAUUGUGCGUAUGUUUUAUUAAUUUGAUUGUUUUCAAUAAAAAUGUGUUUUUCGCCUAA